UUACAACAAAAUUAUUCGAUGGAAUGUGUAUUCAUGGAGGAAAUGCUCGAAAAUUAUUAUAAUUUAUAUUCCUCCUGUACAUAUGGUACAUCAAAGAAACCUUGGUAUAUUUCAUUGAGAAAGACGGGCCGACCUCGUAAAGGCAAAUAUUCUCGUAAACGUCGGAAAUCAUCACAUUUUCUUGUUGUACAUUUUGACGAUGAAGCGGAUAGUGGUAAUUUUGAUGGUUAUUCAUAUUCCAAUGAUGAUAAUUCCAUCCAUUUUUCUAAACCACGAAUUAUCCAACCUAAUCGUUUUGAUUAUCUAACGCACUAUUCGAAUGAUCAUGAUAAGCCACCGCUUCCGAAAAGUUUGGAUGAUAUUUUAUCGGGUACACUGCAACAGCAUCCUCCAAAGAUACCGCUUACUAGGCAAUAUACCCCUAUUGAAAUGGCACGAUGGGUCACAGUUCAACGACGUAUAAAUGGUGGAAAUCGUAAAAUGUCACGUGAAGAAAUGCAUGAUAUUCAAAAGAAAAGACGAAGGAAGAGCCGAUUGGAACGAGAGGAAAUGCAACGACAACGACGACGACAAGAGCUUGAAUUAAAACGUGCUAAUGCAUACAAGGAGCAAUUAUGGCAAAGUAAACAAUAA